AAUAUGUACGAGCCGAUAGCCAUUGUGGGCACGGCGUGCCGAUUACCUGGUGCGUCAAGCUCUCCUUCCAAACUAUGGGAUCUCCUCAAGGCGCCGAGGGACGUCCUCAAGGAGUUUCCGCCGGAGAGGAUGAACACGAAAGGCUUCUACAACGAAAACGGCGACAUGCGCGGUCGUUCACUGGUCCGUCACAAGUCAUACUUGCUGGAAGAAGAUGUUCGUCAUUUCGAUAACGCCUUCUUCGAUAUGAACCCAAAGGACGCAGCCGAUAUGGACCCCCAACAACGGAUCCUGUUGGAAACCGUCUACGAAGCCUUUGAAUCAGCUGGCUGGUCCCUGAGCGAUGUCGAUGGCUCUCAGACCUCCGUUCACGUCGGUGUGAUGACCGACGAUUAUCUGUUGAUUCAAGGGCGGGAUCCUGAUACAUUGGGAGGCCAUGCUGCGACUGGUGUAUCCCGCUCUAUUCUCGCCAAUCGCCUAUCUUACGCCUUCAAUCUUCAAGGGGCUUCCCUAGCUCUUGAUACAGCCUGUUCCAGCUCGCUGGUCGCCCUACACUUGGCUGUGCAAGGUCUCCAUCGAGGGGAGGCCACUCAAGCAGUUGUGGCGGGUAUUAAUCUGCUUCUGGAUUCGACGUGGUACAUCAUGGGAUCGUCGAUGCAUAUGAUUUCGCCGGAGUCACGUUGUCGUAUGUGGGAUAAAGAUGCCAGUGGAUACGCCCGCGGUGAAGGCUGCGGUGCGGUGGUGCUGAAAACACUCAGCCAGGCAAUUCGCGACAACGACCAUAUUGAGUGCAUUAUCCGAGGAACCGGCGUGAAUUCGGAUGGACAGGGCAACAGCAGCGGGAUCACAAUACCUUCGCCUGCAGCACAAACCGCCCUGAUCCAACAGACAUAUCGUGAUGCAGGCUUAGACCCCGUGAAGGAUCGAUGCCAAUAUUUCGAAUGUCACGGUACCGGUACUCAGGCUGGUGAUCCUGCUGAGGCGGAAGCAAUCCAAGAUGCGUUCUGCGAUGAGAACGGAGAGAUGAGCGAAAACACUCUUUUCUGUGGUUCCAUAAAAACGGUCAUUGGCCAUCUAGAAGGGUGUGCUGGAAUCGCCGGUGUGAUCAAAGCCUCGUUGGCGAUUCAGAACAAAGCCAUCCCUCCCAACAUGCACUUCAGCACUCUCAAUCCUAAAAUCGAGCCUUUUUACGGCGGCUUGCAAAUUCCUACCUCUCUUUUGCCUUGGCCAGAGACAGGCGGUGCGCCUCGCAGGGCAAGUGUCAACAGCUUUGGAUUUGGUGGCACCAACGCUCAUGCUAUCCUCGAGAGCUAUGAGCCGCCCAGUACCACCGUGUCCUUGGCAACCCCAACCGCUGGAUUGGCAGAUGACAGUACAUGCUGGUCCGAUUCAGUCGAGGGAAGGCUCGCGGGACCAUUCUUGUUCUCUGCCAGAAGCCAGGGCUCAUUGGUGGACUGGCUCAAGCACUUGCUCAACUACCUGCGCGUGAACGGGUCCAUGGACCUUGAUUCUUUGAGCAACACACUGAAUUCAAAGAGAUCUGUAUUUCGGUAUCGAGCUGCAAUUCCAGCCGCCGUUGAUCGCGAAGACCUCAUUGAGAAGCUGGAGGAUCAAGUCAACAUUCUCAGCACAUCAUCCGACGGACCUCUUCGUCCCUCUCCUGGAUCCGCCACUGCGGAGGGAGUGUCAAUACUGGGUGUGUUUACUGGCCAGGGCGCACAAGCAGCACGAAUGGGCUUUGCAUUGUUAGAGCAUUGCAAAUCCUUCAGAGAGUCUAUCAUGGACUGUGAAGCCGCCCUAGCAUCGAUUCCAAACCCACCGACAUGGUCGCUGAGCGAGGAAUUGGCCGCUGAUACUACAGAAUCCCACGUAGCAGAAGCCAAGUUCUCGCAGCCCCUCUGCACGGCAAUUCAGAUAGCACUUGUUGAUUUUCUACGCGCCUGUGGGAUUCGAUUCCACACGGUUGUUGGUCAUUCCUCUGGUGAGAUUGGCGCAGCAUACGCAGCCGGCCUGUUGACUAAACGGGAUGCCAUGGGGAUUUCUUACUAUCGAGGGUAUGUGUCGAACCUUGCACGAGGCGACGCCGGUCAACAAGGAGCCAUGUUGGCCGCCUCAAUGUCCUUCGACGAGGCCACUGCAAUCUGCUCCGAGCCGCACUUCAAGGGUCGGAUCACGGUCGCAGCGAGUAAUGCCCCCUCCAGCGUGACGCUAUCCGGCGACAAGGACGCCACUUCGGAGAUGAAAGAGUAUCUUGAUGAAAAGCAGAUUCAGGCUCGAGCGCUUCAAGUCGAUACCGCCUAUCAUUCGCACCACAUGCGUGCCUGUGCUGAACCCUACUUGCUUCAUCUCAAGGAGCUUCGCGUGACUGUACAAACACCAUCGGUCGAUCAAGAGUGUCGAUGGUAUUCCAGUGUUAGACAGAAUACCGAUAUACUCGACGAACCGCUGGAUUCGGAGUUAGAGGCCCAAUAUUGGGUUGAUAACUUAACGCAUCCCGUGCUGUUCUCCCAAGCCGUGACGCUUGCUGUGCAUGAAAAUAAGGCUGGGUUUUCAGCCGCCAUCGAAGUUGGACCCCAUGGCACUCUAAGAGGACCGGUGAAUCAGACUCUAAAGCAGUUGUCCUCGGCAAGCACCUCAAUGCUCUAUACCGCCUGCUUGAGCCGGGGAACUAAUGCCAUCAAAACGUUCUCAGAGGCUCUGGCCACCAUCUGGAGCCUUGCCCCAUCUUUUGUGCAACUCUCUGGAUGGCGCACAGCAUUUGGCCUUGAUGUCCACAAGCCCCUGAUCAAGGAUCUACCUCCCUACGCAUGGGAUCACACGCAGACUCAUUGGCGGGAGUCCCGAGUGGCUCGCAACUACCGCCUUGAUACACACCCUCCACAUGAUCUGCUUGGUCGUCUCUGGAAUGAUUCUGGGUCCGAGCAAAAGUGGCGGAACACCUUGCGACUGAACGAGAUGCCCUGGCUCAGAGAGCAUGUCUUCCAAAACCAGAUUCUGUUUCCCGCAACGGGGUAUAUCAGUCUGGCCGUGGAUGCGGCGAAGGUGUUUGCCAAGGAUCAGUCGAUCAAGUUCGUUGAGCUCCGAGACAUGACUAUCCCGAGAGCACUGCCCAUCGGCGAGGGAGACGAGGUUGAAAUUUUAUUCACAAUCCGUCGCCGGGUCUUGCCUGACCAAGUUGACACUGAGUCGGUCAUCGAAGCAGAGUUCACCUGCUACAGCUAUCCUGACAAUCAGCUGGAAGCGGACAAGAACUGUGAGGGUCUGUUAACCAUUCAUCUCGGGGAACCUGAGCCGACAGACUUGGCACCUACGUACAUUUCCGACACAGGACUUUCAACUAUCCUCUCUACCGCGGAGAGAUCGAUGCAUAGUCCCUAUCUUCCAGUGGGUGUCAAACGGGCGGUAAUCGAUCCAAACCAGAAUUUCAACACCGAUGUGGCGAUCGAGGCGUACAUGACCAGUCCCACGGUCGGCCUGGGACCGCGGAUUGAAACCGAUAUCAACAUUAAACGCUCAAGUAAUGGAACCGAUGUCUGUGAAAUCCAGCUGGAAGGCGUGGCAUUCAAGGCCAUUUCAGAGCCGCAGCCAUCGGAAGAUCGAAACAUCCUAGCCAAGACAGUUUGGGCCCAUGACGCAGCAUAUGGCCUGCUUCCGGCGGAGCUGAUCGAUAACGUCCAAGCGGACUCGUCGGCCUAUACACCUGAAGAGUAUGAACGUGUUGCCUUAUUCUACCUCCGACGUCUAAGCGAUUCAAUCAGUGCACAGGAGAUGGACACUUUACAGCCUCAUCAUCAGAAGCUAAUCCGGUCGAUCAACGCGCUGGGGGCGGGGAUUCGCGAAGAUAAUGAUCGAGCCUUCUUACAGGCUGAGUGGCUCAAUGACACUUCUGAAUUGAUCUUAGAUCUAUUGAAUCGUCACCCAGGUGACGCUGACAUGGCGUUACUGACGUCAAGCACGGAGAGGACCCAAUCUCUCUUGAAAGGGAGAUCUGGUGUCGAUGGCUUGUCAAGCUCUCUGUACCAACAGACCAGUUCGGGUGCUUCUUGCAGCCAAGCCAUCGCGCAGUUGAUGGUUCAGAUCAGUCACACAUUCCCCAGGACCAAUAUUCUUCAUAUGUGUGGUGAUUCUGCCAAGACGGUCACCGACAUCCUAGAUGCUAUUAACGAUGCGUACGCAUCGUAUACCUGUGCCGACCCCUCAGAUGACGUUGUUGAUGUUUUGAGAAACAAGAUCGGCCUGGAUGUUGCAAGAGAAAAGAGGAUCUCGUUCGAGGUGCUUAAUACCGAGCCCACAGCCAGUAGAGAGCCUUACGAUGUUGUCAUCGUAACUGACAUCUGUCGCGCGAGGCCAGACCUCUCAGAGAGCGUCCAGAGACUGCGAAGCCUGCUGCGCCCCGGCGGCUUUUUGAUCUCGAUGGAGCUGACAGGUGUCUCUCUUCGGCCAAUGGCCAUCCUGGGCGGCUCGGAGGAAUGGUGGGAGAAUGCCGGACUCUUGGUAGAAGGACCACGUAUCAAGACCGGGGAAUGGGAUAACCUGCUGUCCGACAACGGGUUCUCCGGCAUUGACUCCAUAUUCCACGAUCAGCCCAAGCUGGGCAUGCACGGAUAUUCCGUGUUCUCUACGCAAGCCACGGACGAUCGAGUUGAAUUCCUGCGCAAUCCACUGACUUCGCUGCAUAUGAUCACACCAACUCCAGUGAUCUUUAUCGGUGGUGAAACAAGUCGCGUUUCCAAGCUUAUUCGGCAGGGAAAGAAUCUCCUGCGUGGCUGCACGCCCGAGAUCCAAGUAUGGAGUCGUUUCGACCAGAUUGACUGCUCUCGAAUCCCGCCCGAAUGUUCGGUCAUCACCUUGCAAGAUCUUGACAAGCCACUUUUCUCAUCUCCUCCGUCGGUGAAUGAACUGAAGAAUCUCAAGGAAGUACUAGGCAAUGCUCAAAAUCUGCUUUGGGUCACGUCCGGCCGCUUGUUGGAUGACCCUUAUGCCAAUAUCAUGAUCGGAAUUGGGCGGUCACUGAGACAUGAACACAUCCAUCUCAAUCUCCAAUUUCUCGAUUUCGAUCAAGGAGAGCCAUGGGAUGUUCAGACCCUCAUGACUCAGUUUCUUCGUCUGAUAUUCUCAACUUCUUCUCCGGGCGUAACGGAGGGAAUGCUUUGGGUGCAAGAGCCAGAGAUUGUGAUCAGGGAUUCCCAGAUGAUCACACCAAGGGUACUUCUAGAUCAUACAUCCAACGAGGUUUAUAAUGCCGGCCGCCGUCGCGUGGUCAAGUCUGUUGAACCUACAGAGCCAAUUGAGGUUAUUCACGAGACAGCUGGGGCCCCAUCGGAAUCGAUGCUUGCGUGCAGCCGUUCGAUCGACACCCCAGAAGGCUAUUUGCAAAUGGAAGUCAAGUUGUCGGUCCCGCUACAUGCCAAUGAUGAAGCACCUUGCUACCUAUCAUAUGGCAGGGUCAAGGACGGUGGUGAUGAGCCAGCAGCAUUGGCCCUGUCAGCAAUUGAUUCCUCAGUUGUCACCAUCCACAAGGACUUCGAUUUCAAAUCCCGAGCUGUUCAAGAGUACGACCCGGCGACUCUCGUGAAUGUCGCAAGCUUCUUGAUUGCAUCCAAUCUAGUCUCGGAUAUGCCGAUCUCUGGAACAACUCUUGUAUGCGGUGCAUCUGACGAGCUGGCCAAGGUGAUAUCUGCGUUGGCCGCGGAAGCAAGCCGAAAGACCACGUUCGUUACAAUCACCAAGACCCCCAGAGAGGGCAGAAAUCCCGGGUGGAUUUAUCUUCACCCACAAACUCCCACUCGUGCUGUGAGAAAGUUAAUGCCUCAUGAUGCCACUGCUCUGUUCGACUUGUCCCGCGACGGUGCAGCUUGUGUUUUACCGUGUCUGCCCCCAGGCUGCACAGCACAAAUAUUGGAUGCCAGUUCUCUCUCCCAGCAGUCAGUGGAAGACGCCGUGAAGAAUUAUGAGACGCAUAAUGACGUUUUGGAUUGCAAACCUCUGCCCACUGUCUUCUCCCUCUCGGAUCUGUCUCGGAAACGUGUCGACAAGUCUGAACGCCUCUCUGUUGUCACAGACUGGAACCGAGAAAGACCGGUCAACGCGAUUAUCCGUGGUCUGGAGCCACAAACCCUCAUAUCUCCGAAUAAAACUUACUUCCUCGUCGGUAUGGCAAGUGAGCUUGGCCAGUCUCUAUCCAACUUCCUUGUCCGCGGCGGAGCUCGCUAUAUUGUCUUGUCCAGCCGAAACCCCAAGAACAAUCAGAACUGGCUUCGUGAUCUCCGGUCAGUUGGUGUUGAUAUUCGCGUGGUGAAGAUGGACGUCACAGACCGUGCUCAAGUCCACGAGACUGUCAAGAAGCUUCGUCAAACCAUGCCGGAGAUCGGUGGCGUGACCAAUGCAGCCCUAGUGCUCGAACCGGCUGUAUUCGCCAAUCUCUCGGCGGCAAGUAUCGCAAAGCAGAUGAUGCCCAAGAUCCACGGCACAGCACACCUCGAUGAGGUGUUCAAGAACGACCCUCUGGACUUUUUCAUGUGUUUUGGCUCUCUGGGCACUGUGUUCGGGAACCCCGGGCACGCAAUAUACCACGCUGGUAAUGCCUAUAUGAUGAGCUUAGUGGCAAACCGCAAGCGACGAGGUCUGGUGGGAUCCAUUUUGAACUUUGGAAUGCUGGUCGACGUUGGGUAUGUGGCUCGUGCAGACCGCUCGGCUGGGUCCAACGUUGAAGAAUGGCUCCGCACCGAUGGAUUAAUCGCGUUGUCCGAAGCGGACUUUCACCAUGUCAUUCUUCAGGGAAUUUCCGCGGGCCGGCUGGACUCUCCUACCUGCGAGGUCAUCAUGGGUGUUGAUACAUUUUAUGACAAAGGUCAAAUUCCCAGGCCGCGGUGGAUAAACACGCCAUUCCUCUCACAUAUGGUGCGCCGCGUUUCCGAAGCUGUCGAGGACGAUGCUCCUUCAUCUGGUAGUCACCAGUCAAGGCUAGACAGUGCAGCUACCGUCGAGGAAGCCAUUCCGCCGAUCACUGAGUUGCUAUCCCAGAAGAUCAAGUCCAUGAUCCAUGUUUCUCUAGAUUCCAUUCAUCCAGAUGAGCCCUUGUCACGUCUAGGAAUUGAUUCCAUUAACGCCAUUGAGAUUCGGAAAUGGCUUUGGGAAAGGCUCAGGGUUGAGAUCUCCAUGGUGAAGAUUCUUGGGCGAGACGCUUCGGCUUCCAUCAUUCGGACAGUAGCCGAGCAGUAUCUUGCCAAAAAGCCUGAAGUCCCAGACAGCACACCGAAUGGGAACACCGCUGUCGGAGCGGACGAGUCACAGCCACCGAAGACACAAGCGAACGGUCAGCUCGCAAAAGUUACACCCGAGGUGACACUCGAUGAUCAAGUCCGGUCGACUACGAUCGGUCGUACCCACAGCACUGCAGACAGUAAAGAGUCGCCUACUUCUUCCGAGAUGACACCUGGUUCAUCACCAAUCUCCACCCCAACCCCAGAGCCUGAGCUGGAGUUCAUCCGGUCAGAACGCUUGUCCAUUGCCCAAGCAGGGCUGUUCUACAUAUACAAGUUCUCUGAUACCAGAACAGCACUCAACCUUACCACAAGGUGGAGGAUUGAUGGUCCCUUGGAUGUUGAGAAACUUAGUCGGGCUUUCCAGAGGACUAUCAAUCGUCAUGAUUCAUUGCGAACAUGUUUCUUCGCAACCUCAGAUCACUCCGAAGUCCAACAGCACGUCACCAGCACCAAACCCUUUCAUCUUACUCGGCUGCAAUCGACGGCUGAAACGGCGGAUGCUGACGUGCGGAAGGCCUUCGAGAGAAUCAAGGAGCAUGAAUAUUCCCUCGAGACAGGGGACACUCUUCAGGUCACGCUGGUCCGUCAUGAUGCGCAGUCGCAUACUUUGGUAUUGGGACUUCACCAGCUCGUCAUUGAUGUAGUCAGCGUUUCACUUAUUUUGAGUGACAUUUCCCGCGAGUAUCAGUCUCAACCAUGGUCUCAGUACCCUGCCCCUACCUCAUACCUUGACUAUACCCGCGAACAAUUCGACGAUAGCCAGAGCGGGCGUUUCAAGGACAGUAUUCACUACUGGAUCAAUCAUCUGGACCCAAUUCCUGAAGCUCUCCCGUUAUUGCCGGUUGCAAAAGUCCGAACCCGACAGAGCAAUCGGGCAUACGGCCACCACACCAGUGAGAGAGAGCUGAGCAGCAAAUUCGUGCAAAGCGUUACAAGGAUCGGUCAGGCCCAUGGUGUGACUCCAAUGCAAAUCUACCUGGCCGCCAUGCAAGUCUUCCUCUGUCGCCUUCUGAACAUUGAUGAUCUGGUCAUUGGCGUUCUCCACACCGGUCGUGACCCAAUCAGCAAGUUUAGGGAGACCGUCGGACAUCUCGCCUCUAUCCUGCCUGUUCGAUUCAAGGGAACUCUGGAUAGAACCUUCCCCGAGGUCGUGAAGAAUACACGCUCAACUUUGCUAAACAGCCUCGACCACGCAAACCCUCCAUUUGCUCUCAUUGUGGACAAGGUCCGCCCUGGAGUAAGCGAGGGCAAUAUGCCGCUUAUCCAAGUAGCCUAUAACUACACAGUCGAUGAUAGUCUUCCAAGCACUCUAGGAGGGUGUACCAUUGCUGUGGAGCAAGCGCAUCACACCACUGUGUACGACUUUGUCCUUGAUGUACGCCGAUCGGCUUCAGGCGGCCAUGUCCUCGGAAUCACCUGCACCGAUGACUUUUACUCGCUUUCUGCCACGCAAUUUAUCACCGAGGCCUGUGUCGGUGUUCUUGAAGGUCUCGUUAGAGAGCCUCUGACUGCAGUUAAGGACUGCAGACUGUUCAGCGACACCCAGCUAGAACAAGCGAGAACUGUGGCACGCACCCCUGCCAUCCCGCAUUCAUGGCCCGACUCGUUGUCUGAGAGAUUUAUUCAAGUUGCUGCGGAAUUCCCGAGCUCAGUUGCGAUUAAGGACGGUAGUGAGGCAAUUACUUACAGCCAACUGAAGUCAAAGCUAGAGCAUUAUGCCGGGAUAUUGCUCGAUGCCAACGCCACAAGUGGAACUCGCAUUGCGGUGUUCUGCAAGCCGAGUAUUGAUCUUUACGCGACAAUGCUGGCCGUCUUUCGGAUCGGGGCUAUCUUUGUUCCCCUGGAUGUAAGUAUUCCUGCCGCGCGACGAAAUGACAUAUUGAAGGCAUGCAAGCCCCAUGCCUUGGUCUUUCACGCGGCAACUGCCGACCAGGUGGCGGAGAGCCAUACCGAUUUGGGCAGCGCAUUCAGGCUACUCAACAUAACUGAGCUGGCUCGAUCUCACCGACAGGAUUACCGUACUAUUCCCGAGCAAGCUCCUUCGAAGCGCGGAUCGGAUAGCCACAUUCUCUUCACGAGUGGCUCCACUGGCGUACCGAAAGGUAUCAGGCUUCAUCAGAGAGGUAUCAUGAACUACGCAGUUGUUUCCAGCAAACGAUACGACUUUGGACAAAUCCGAGUCUUGCAGCAAACUUCCAUUGGAUUCGACGUGUCCUUUUCGCAAAUCUACAGCGCCUUCACCAAUGGAGGAACUCUUGUGGUCGCCCCAUUCGAGAGCCGAGGCGAUCCAGACAUGCUUUCCCGACUCAUCCUGGAUGAGAAAGUCCAGUUUACCAUGUGUACUCCAUCUGAAUACAGCUUGCUUCUUGCCUAUGCGCCAGAUCGUUUGCGGCAAUGCACCGAGUGGCGCUUCGCCGGGGCAGGCGGCGAAGUCCUCCCUCAAAGGCUCGUUGAUGGCUUGCGCGAGUUGAAACUACCCCAUCUGAUGCUGACCAACUGGUAUGGACCCACUGAAAUUACCGUUGGGACGAGCCGAGAUAUCCCCAUCCACGAUGGUGCCAAUCCGAUCCAUGAUCCAAGAAAUGAUAAGAUCGGCUCCGUUAUCGGCCAUGUCGUUCCAAACAAUGCGGUUUACAUCACCAGCGAGGAUGACGGGAGUCUGUUGGCCCCAGGUAUGCCGGGAGAGAUAUGCGUCGCGGGCACCAUGGUAGCCAACGGCUAUCUUGAUCCGCGACUCGAUGACGGUGUAUUUGUCGCAAAUCCAUUCACGACAGCCCAGGAUGUGGAGCACGAAUUCACAACCAUGUAUAAAACAGGAGACCGAGGUCUAAUUCAAGAAGACGGGUCAAUAGUCUUCCUUGGUCGAACUAAACGUGGCAGCACGGUCAUCAAACUUCGAGGUCUCCGUAUCGAUCUGAACGAAGUGACUGGUGCAAUCUUGGAAGCCGCACCUGACGACUUGGCUGACGCAGCUGUGACUGUUCGCGGCGAGCCACAGUUCCUGGUUUGCCAUGUGGCCUUUAAACCGGGAAGGCACCUCGAGCAUCGGCAACUCAUGGAUCUUCUCCAAACACUUCCCCUCCCACGAUACAUGAUCCCAGCCACCAUUGUUGCGUUAGAUCGUCUGCCGCUUGUGCCAAACGGCAAGCUGGAUCUUGAGCUACUGCAGAGCCUGCCACUUCCUGCGCUUGCGGCUUCUUCGGGGCAAACACCAAUCCAGCCCCUGACACAGAACGGAGAAAAGCUCACGCCAAUUGAAGAAAGGCUUCGCAGGCUUUGGAUUGAUAUCAUCGGAGUAGUCGCAGGUACGGCGGACAUCGGUCUACACUCUUCCUUCCUUGCCGUUGGCGGCAAUUCUUUCCUUUUGGUUCACCUGCAGCAUGCUAUCAACCGCGAGAUUGGGGUAAAAGUUCCCCUUCCACAACUGGGGCAGGCGGAGGAUCUGAGGGAUAUGGCUGCGUUGAUUGAGAGGGAGCGCAAUUGAUUCGGGGCAUGACGAUGCC